AUGGCAGGUAAAAAAACCGUCAAGAGCAGUGGUUGUACGACACUGCUGGACUGGAGAGCAAUCAGUGCCAUGUUUAGACGGAUCUCGCCGGUGUGUCGGUUUGUGAGACCGAACUCUACGCUUUCUUCGUCUUCGCUGGCGGUCAAGAGCGAUUCUGCUUUGACAGCGGCGGCGGAUGAACGUCCUUUGCCUAUUAACGUGGAAGCGGUUUACCAUGCUCCUUUGAAACUGCCAAUUGAGCACGGCGAUUUGGUGGCUGAUUUGCAGCUGAGGUCUUACGAUAACGAAAACUUGGAUUUUUACUCGGACUUCAUCCUCAGAGUCGGCUACUACCUGGGGAUGCCGUUGACGGGGCCAAAGCCGCUGCCAACCCGUCGGGAACGGUGGACAGUGAUACGGUCGCCCUUUGCUCAUGCCAAGUCCAAGGAGAACUUCGAGAGACAUACACACAAAAGGCUGAUCCGGGUUUGGGAUACCAAUCCCGAGAUCGUGCAGAUAUGGCUUUCGUACAUCUCCAAGCACGCGAUUACUGGUGUUGGCAUCAAGUGUAACGUGUACCAGCGUUCGGGACUGUCUCUUGAGAUGGACAAAUUUAGCGACGCUUCUCUGCCUCAGGCGAUUAACGACGCUAACAAGACGGGCAACACGAUAGACGAAGCCGUGGGCCAGAAAGUACUCGAGUUGCUGAAUAGCCCGGAGUUCAAGAGGCAUCUGUGA